AGUCUCAGAUGUUUAGAAAAAUACUUCCGAAUAAGUGCAUAAUUUACUUUGCCUCGUGGACUUGCAUAGCUGGUCGCUAUUUAAUUAAUCAGCGCCAAUAGUGUCACUUUUAUCUCAUUUCUGUUCAGUCUCCAAGUUAAUAACAAAUCAGUAUCGCGUAAACCUUAUACGAGAUGUGAUGUACGUCGUGUCCUUGUAUUAGCGAAUCGCGAAGUGUAAUUAUGACAAUGGAGUUUCAAUAUUAUGGGAAUUUCGAACGGUCUACGAGAAGAAUUCAGGAACAGCCUUGGUGGGAUGAAGAAGACACGCUCACUGAUCGACAGCUCAAUGGUAAGUGGCAUGCCAGAGACACCUUACAGAUGCCAUCAUGAGAGAAUGCAUGGUGGUCCCUCCCUACACCUCAACGUUUGCCAGCUAGGCAUGUCCUUAGACGAAGGUAGACAGUCACAACGUCCAUACCGAUAUGGCAUGGUUUUGCUGUGCGCGGGUGCCCUGAUCAAUUGGUUGGGCUUGGCCGAAGAUUACGCGGAGCCGGUGCGCUAUGUGGGCGUGGCCUGCAUCGUCGCAGGCGCGCUGCUCAUAUGCGCUGCCAUGUGCUGCUGGCUGCAGUCUCCGGCCCGGCAACCACAGAAUGACCGCGCUACGCCUGAUACCCAUCAAAUUGACGACCCAAUCCAUGUGAUUUCGAUGCCGGAUGAAGAGACGAUGCAGCAGAAGCCGCCGGACUACGACACGGUGGCCGGCGCACCGCCGACGUACGACGACGCCAUCAAGCUGAACCCGGCGCGGCUGCUGGCGGCCACCAGCGGCGCGCACGCGGCCGCGCCCCCCAUCCCCGGGCAGCUGGAGGCCGGCCCCGCGCUGCCCGCGCUGCCCGCGCUGCCCGCGCUGCCCGCGCUGCCCGCGCUGCCCGCGCUGCCCGCGCUGCCCGCGCCCGUGCCCAAGACGCCGCCGCCGCCGUACCGCGCGCCGCGCGCCAUCAGGUGAAACGCGCGCGACCCGCAGGCGCUCCCAGGCCUUAGGUCGACUGCUGCCUCGUGUGACUUGUACAUAUUGUGGAGCGAGCGCAGUUGAGCAUUUACGUCGCGACGCGUACGUAUAGAUAUAGUUGAAACGUUGCGGUAUUAUUUUAUUAUACGUCCAUAAAUAUCCACGCGUGGUAUCGUUUUAAUUGUUUAAUCGAAUAAUAUUAGAAUGUUGAGCUCGAGACCGACGCGUACUUAUGUGAUAUUAAAAUUGUUAUUAAUGAUUAAACUAGUUACUUAAUUUACCUACCUGCUGUAUAUAUUUAUAAGAGCGUGUACCUAUUACCUCGUAAGAAAAUUUUGUAUUUAUUUCUGUUAAAAGUUAAAACUACAAAAAAAUGUUGGAUGUUACGAUUUCCAUUUGUUAGAGUUUUUGAGGAUGUACCUGUACGGGCUGUAUGUAACGUAGAGAAAUUCUUGCCCACUGGUUAUGUAGAACGAGCAUAGAUCAUAAUAUAAUAUACACCUGAAUCAUGGGCGUAGCCGGGGGGCAGUUAAGGGAGUUGUUACUUGUUACACUACUCAAUAAACUACUUCCACAUUUCAAAGCUUUUUCUGUAUAUAUCUUUUAUACAUAUCCUUAAUAUAUUUCAUAUAAUAAGCCACUCAUUUUAUGUACUUUUAGUCACUUCACUUUCAUGAACCCGCCCGCAACUAAAACCCGACUACGCCCGUUUCUCGAAUAGAGUAGGUUUGUGCCAUUAACUUUUUAGCGUAUAAACAAAUACAUAUGAAACAUACCUACAAUUACGGCACUAUACUUCCUCUUAAGUUCAUAAAAAUUAUUUGCUCAAUUUAUAAAACAUAUUGUGUGUUCAUUGUUCAGGACGGUAUGUGGAUAAUUAUAUUUUUUCAAUGACUAACUCACUGUAAAUGUUCGCUAUAUUUGACCUAACGUUGUACAAGAUAUUCCACGUACGAUAAACAAAGACUAUAAUAAAUUAGGCAACGGUAACAGUAGCCCUAGAGGCACUUAUAAUGUAAUUAACACGACGUAGCUAGUGACUUGUGAUAAAAUAUAAUCUAAUUAAAACUAUUGAUUAGAGUGGAUGUAUCUAUAUGAGAUUUAACUGCAAAGUGAUACCAAUACUUAAAGAAGAUUCCAACAUAUUAGUAUAUGCGUCGACCCUUAGUCGCGCUUAUCGUAAACUUAGAACUAGUGUUAUAUUUAAUAAUUUAUCGCUCCAUUUAAUUUCCAUUCUAGUCUUCAAGUAACGACUAUAAUAAACGACUUAAUGUAUUCACGGUGAAGAAUAAUGAUUUGUAUUUGUACAGGUUUUCAUUGCACAACUUGAAACUAAAUUUUAUUUGUUUAAUAAUGUUGACAAUCGAAUUGUAAUCGUUUUACAAGUACCUAAGACUUGAUGAAAUAACAAUAGGUUAUUAAAUUGCAAACGAUUGCAAUAUACAUUAUUUUAAUUUUCGAAAUUUCUUUUUUUUACCAACAGUAGUUUUAUCUUAUACUGAUAUUAGAUUUCUUAUCGUUUAUCCUUUACAUAUCAAAAUCGACAUAUCAAAACUGCAAUUUUGGAUGUUCACACAUGUAGCAGUUGAUUUAAAGUUCAGUGCCUAUCUUUAUUUGUAUUAAAUCCUAAUUGAAAAAAAAUAAAAUCAAAAACUACUUAAUUAUUAAUUAUAAAUCGCUUAAACUCCACGUGAGUUAUCGAACCAAAUAUUGAACUCUUUCAAGACUUAAUAUUGAUUCAUCUACUUAAUAAUAAAGACGCGAUAAGACCCCGGUAUCGUAAUUAAGUCAUUCGUUAUAAAACAAUUAAGAAUGGGACCAAUACGAUGUACUUUUACGACUUUAUAAAAUUUUCUUUUUAAGUGUGCCAGGUAAUCCUUAAAGAUUUUUAAUGCUGAAGUUGUGCAUUUAUUAUUUGUACAUUUUACAAUGCUACGAAAUUUGAGUGUACAUACAAAAUAAAUGUUGUUCCAAUUGUAAA